AUGGCAAGCUCCCAAUCGACCAAUGGACUCUCGCAGCAGAUGGAGAAGAUGUCUGUUAGUGGCAAGCGUCAUGCCGAUACCCCUCGCUAUACUCCGCCGCACCGAAAAUAUGCUCAAGAGAACAAGUCUGGUCAAACUAGCACUGCUGCACCGGCCAAGGACACAAACAACAGGCCCGCAGUCUCGCGCACUACAUCCGAGAAGUCUGUCAAGUCAGGCGCUAUCGCUCCUGCUGAAGUCAAGGCCUCAACUGAGACAAAGACGACACCCGCAGCCGCACCAUCAAAAGAGUCGGCUUCAGAACCUAAGCCAAAGACCACAACCAGAAACAUGGCUCCACACCGCAAAUACAGCAAACCCGCUGCCGAAGUCGCCGACUCAUGGGAAGAAGCAGCAUCAUUAGAUCAAGAACCUUCAAGCACAACCACCGAGCAAACCGCCAAACCAACCCCAGAGUCACAAUCAACCUACCUCCCUCCUCACCUGAAGUACCGCUCUGCUGCACCCUCACCACCCAGCAGAAGUCUUACUCCACCUUCGCGCAGCACAACACCCUCUUCGAGCACUUCUUCCGAACGUCGUCCUGAAAAGACAAAUGCCGUAGCGCAUCGAUUGAUCGCUGGUGCUCUGGGCGUCAAGGUACCAAGGAGAACGGAAGAGCAGAGAGCCUACGACAAAGCGAUGAGAGAGCAGGAGAAGAGAAGGAGAGACAAGGAGAGGGAAGCCAAGAAGAAGGCAGAGGAAGAUGCUGCGAAGGCCAAAGCUGCGAUCUGGGAGGAUUGA